CGCUACCGUGGGACAUGAAUAGUGUGUUGGAGAUGCAGCAGGAAUGGCGUCCCUCGAAAGUCCGGUCAGCUGCACGUUCACUUCAAGAUGCACAACUAAGGAAGCUGACAGAUACAUUCUAAGCUGACUCUACAAGACACUCACAACAGGGAUUUGGAAGAGAAUGAAUUUCAAGAUGAUGCUUCGCCGCUCGCAGGACACUAGAAGCUGCGCAGUUGCUAUAAUCACGCGUCUCGAUGUAAACAAGAGAGUGAAUGUUGACAACUGAAGUGCUGAGUAAGCUAGAGAGCGUCAUGCUGCCGUAAGCCGGAGAUGGAACCCCUGGACAAUAUUGAGGAGGAUGACACCGCAUCAUCAUCAUCAUCUUCAUCUUCAUCACCGCGAUCUCUGCCCCGUCUUCGCGUGUCUCUGCAGAAAAGCAGCGUGUGUUCUCGCUCAUACUUCAUGGUGGUGAUGGUUUUUUUCCACGUUUAUAUUAUCAAUGUCAUUGCACUUCUGCUCUAUGUUCAUUAUAAUAACGGCUCUAACGCGAUAACGGCAACCCGGGAUUUUACAAGCAGAGACAGCAGUCAUAAAGUUACUGGACCAUCAGAUCCCCAGACCCUUGCAGACUCGGGCUUCCCUCGAAACAUGUAUCUCCCUCGCAUUGAAGGAAUACGGGUGGGCCAUGUCCAAAAAGUGUCACUGAUGCCAGGGAAAGUCCAUGAAAUGAAGACACUCAGUCUAAAGCCCCUUCUGUUUGAGAUCCCUGAGUUUCUGUCAGAGGAGGAGUGUGGCGUAGUUGUGCGUCUGGCUCAGCUGAAGGGUUUGAUGGAGAGUCAGGUCAUGGUCCCUGAAGGUCAAGAGGAACUUAAUCAGCAGCUCAACCUCAGUCCAGAAGAAAUCUUCAAUUUUCUGGACCUCAACCAAGAUGGCCAGCUGCAACCACAUGAGAUAUUGACACACUCUCGAGUGAGAGAUGGAAUCUGGUUAACUUCUGAGAACCUUAAGGAAAUCUAUGAUGGCUUAAAGGUUGAUCAGGAUGGAAAUGGUCUCUUGAGUUUAGAGGAGUUCAGGCAUCUGAAAAGUGAUGCCUUUCAGCGUUUUCUGCUACAGCGUGGGGUGGAGAGGAGCCAGCUGGUGAGGAACAGCAGACACACCUGGCUCUACCAGGGACAGGGAGCACAUCAGGUUCUUCAAGACCUCCGCAAGAGGUGUCCACCACUCACCUUAUCUGCUCUCCUAUUCACAUGUGCUGAUAUACAGCUUUUCUAA